AUGCUUUACCCAGAAAAAUUUCAGGGCAUCGGUAUUUCCAACGCAAAGGAUUGGAAGCAUCCUAAAUUAGUGAGUUUUGACCCAAAACCCUUUGGCGAUCAUGACGUUGAUGUUGAAAUUGAAGCCUGUGGUAUCUGCGGAUCUGAUUUUCAUAUAGCCGUUGGUAAUUGGGGUCCAGUCCCAGAAAAUCAAAUCCUUGGACAUGAAAUAAUUGGCCGCGUGGUGAAGGUUGGAUCCAAGUGCCACACUGGGGUAAAAAUCGGUGACCGUGUUGGUGUUGGUGCCCAAGCCUUGGCGUGUUUUGAGUGUGAACGUUGCAAAAGUGACAACGAGCAAUACUGUACCAAUGACCACGUUUUGACUAUGUGGACUCCUUACAAGGACGGCUACAUUUCACAAGGAGGCUUUGCCUCCCACGUGAGGCUUCAUGAACACUUUGCUAUUCAAAUACCAGAAAAUAUUCCAAGUCCGCUAGCCGCUCCAUUAUUGUGUGGUGGUAUUACAGUUUUCUCUCCACUACUAAGAAAUGGCUGUGGUCCAGGUAAGAGGGUAGGUAUUGUUGGCAUCGGUGGUAUUGGGCAUAUGGGGAUUCUGUUGGCUAAAGCUAUGGGAGCCGAGGUUUAUGCGUUUUCGCGAGGCCACUCCAAGCGGGAGGAUUCUAUGAAACUCGGUGCUGAUCACUAUAUUGCUAUGUUGGAGGAUAAAGGCUGGACAGAACAAUACUCUAACGCUUUGGACCUUCUUGUCGUUUGCUCAUCAUCUUUGUCGAAAGUUAAUUUUGACAGUAUCGUUAAGAUUAUGAAGAUUGGAGGCUCCAUCGUUUCAAUUGCUGCUCCUGAAGUUAAUGAAAAGCUUGUUUUAAAACCGUUGGGCCUAAUGGGAGUAUCAAUCUCAAGCAGUGCUAUCGGAUCUAGGAAGGAAAUCGAACAACUAUUGAAAUUAGUUUCCGAAAAGAAUGUCAAAAUAUGGGUGGAAAAACUUCCGAUCAGCGAAGAAGGCGUCAGCCAUGCCUUUACAAGGAUGGAAAGCGGAGACGUCAAAUACAGAUUUACUUUGGUCGAUUAUGAUAAGAAAUUCCAUAAAUAG